UGUGACGUUUUGAGACUAAUUGAGUUUACCGGGCACGAAGUUUGCCCGUGUGCCGUGGUGAGAUUUACAAAGUCCUGCUGGGAUUUAAACCGACUUCAGCAGACCAUUUCUGACACAGAUAUAUCUUCGACGCAGACGGACGGGCAGAAAGUGACGGAAAAAUCUGGAAGACCGUCUGGACAGGUCCGGUAUACUGAGGACGUAUUCCCUCCCCCUUGAACCCCGGUCUGUCACUCUUCUGUCAGAGUCCGCUGGCAAGUUCACAAUAAUACCACCGAUACUGCGGGUCACAAGAGCAAAUCUUAAUCGAACGAGAAGUCAUGGAGACGAGAACGGGCGAGCACGGGAACGGAGAGUUACCGAAGAGGUACGAUCUCCUGCCGUCGGGAGACGAAGGUUCCCGAGAGGAGAGACUGUGCGGACUCCGAGGAUGGAGGCCGUCUUGCCUCCAGCGGCUCGCCUCCGUCAGAUGGUAUCUCCUGUUCUUCUGCUUUCUCAUGUUCUUCGAGGGAUUCGUGCAAAAUGGUUACUUCAAAGGCGUGCUAACGUCAAUAGAGAAGCAGUUUAAGCUGAACAGUUCGUCCACCGGUUCCCUGGCCAGCGGAGCGGAGUUCUCGGCGCUGUGUGUUGUCGCCUUCGUCAGCUAUCUGGGCGGGAAAAGCCACCGUCCAGUCAUCCUCGGCCUCGGCGCAUGCUCCAUGGGACUGGGCUCCUUCCUAAUGGCCAUGCCGCACUUCUUCAUGGGAAACUAUGAUUAUGAAGCCCAUUCCCUGGACAACACGACCAACACCUGCCAUGUCGGUCACGCUGCUGAGGAGAAUGACGUCUGCACGUCAGCACAGGAGUCUGCCGCUGGCGGCAGCUCAUAUUACGGUGUACUGAUGCUAGGAGAGUUACUGAUUGGAGCAGGCUCCACCCCGAUGAUGACUUUAGGCGUGGCUUAUCUGGAUGACCACGCCCCAAAGAACAGCGCGUCACUGUAUAUAUCAAUUUCCUGGUUCAUGCUGGUUCUGUCUCCCGCCGCCGGCUUCAUCGUCAGCGCCGUCAUGGUCAACAUGUUCGUGGACAUAGGGAGGGUCGACGUGGAUUUGGUCACCAUCACACCAUCAGACCCCCGGUGGAUCGGGGCGUGGUGGCUUGGCCUCCUCAUCGGCAGCUUCCUCCUCUUCCUCGUGGCCGUCCCUUUCUUCUUCUUCCCGAGGUCCUUACCGAAGCCCCACGAAGACACGAAGAACCCCGAACAAAUGAAGAUGGACACCAUCAGAGAAGAAGAUGAAGACGAAGAAGACGAAAAGGUAGAGGACAUUAUGCAGACAAAAACAGCGAAGGAAAUCUUCUUUGGGUUCUUCAAGGCUCUGAAGAGGAUCUUGUUCAACCUUGUGUUCAUCAGUGUCAAUAUCAUGGGCAUCUUCGAGAUCAACAUCACUCAUGCUGUCAUUGUUUUCCUUCCCAAGUACAUGGAGCUCACCUUCAGUCUGUCCGCAUCCCAGGCAAACUUCCUCGUCGGUGUUGCGAGUAUCCCAGGCGCUGCAAUCGGCAUCAUCGGCGGCGGUUAUCUAGUCAAGCGCUUCAAAUGGGGCUUGCCGGGAUGCAUCAACUUCUGCUUCGGCACCCAGAUCGUCUCCUUCGCCAUGUUCUGUGUGCUGUACACGUUUCAGUGUCCCAACAUGUACCUGGCAGGCGUAACUCUGCCGUAUGUCAGUUUCUAUGGGUUCAUUCCCGGACUGACUGACAUGGCUCCUGGUCUCAUGGCGGGAAAUACGUCAAAUAUCACCAUGACAACACUUCCGGCUGUACCCACACCGAUUGCAACCUCACUCCUCAACUUGACCGACGGAAGAGCUGCUUACCUGUACAGUACUCCCCCUCUCCAUCACGACAUGGUUCACACCACGGCCUACACAUCUACAGCCUCACCUGCCGGGAACGGCACGGGCAUGAUGAUCCCGCCGUGGAUGAUCAACAUCACGCUGCCGAACAUGUGUAACGGGCACUGCGGCUGCCAGGAGACCACGUUUGAACCCGUGUGCGGCGCCGACUGGAUCACAUACUUCAGCCCGUGCUUCGCCAGCUGCACGGGAACGGUCAUGUCGGCUGACGGGAUAACUCCAACGAACUACACUGGUUGUGCGUGCAUCAAAGGUGGAUUACACGCGACACCGGGAGUGUGCCCAACACCCUGCACAGCGAAGGCUAUUCCGUUUGUCGUGUACAUGUUCUUCCUUGCCAUAGUCACCGCCAUAGGACAGGCUCCGGCAUUCAUGGUGCUUAUAAGAGUAGUUGACGUUGAGGACAAGCCGUUCGCCCUGGGUUUACAGUACCUUGCUACCAGGCUUUUUGCUUCUAUCCCUGCUCCUAUCUACUUUGGCGCCGCGAUUGAUACUUCCUGUAUGAUGUGGAGCACCGUCUGCGGCAAAAGGGGGUCCUGCUGGCUUUACGACAACGACUUAUUGCGGAAGGCCUUCGUUGGUGUUGGAAUAGGACUAAAGGCCGGCGCUCUUGUCUGGUCAUUCGUGGCGUUCAUGGCGGUCAGAAGACUGUCCAAGCGCGCGGAAGCGGAGGAGAAGGCGUCGCCGUCAAGACGUCUGGACAGCUUGACUCUAGGUGACGUCAUCAAGGCGUCCCAGUUUUCAUUGGACAUGCUCGAUGUCAAUCUUAACUUCUCGGAGAAAGAGUUCAUGGAAGCUAAAGAAACCAUUCUGUAGAUGUCUGUGCUAAAUUAGUCUGCCAGUUAUGUUUUCUUAGAAUGGUGAAAAAUCCUUACGAAAGACGUAUUUCAUACCAAAUGCUUUUAGCUAAUUCUUCAGUUAAUUGCUUAACUAUCAUUCAAACAUUAAUGAAUAGGUUCCCUUCUGACGUUCAAAGCAAAGUAUUUUGAUAUCCAUGAAAUUGCAUAGCAGUUUACUUGUUUUUUUCCAACGAGCGACAGAUUUUUAUGUUUUAGUUACAAAAGAAUAAAUACUUAUUAUUAUAAAGAAAUUUGCUACCUCAGGCCCAGUCCGAAAUGGUAUGAUGUUGUCCAAUCUAUGUUCAACAGAUUCAUGGCUUUACAGCCCAAUGAUGUUUACAACGUUUGUACAUACAGUAUUUUCAUUGAUCCUUGUUGAGGUAUCAGUCCUGCUUGGGCGUCUUGCUUGAUAUUUGUACAGUGCAAUGAUAUGAAACAAUUGGAAGCCUUGUUCUUCCAACGGAUGUCCUUCUAAAUAAAAUGUUUCAGGAAAAUUUUGA